UUAUAUCACUUUUUUGUUUAUAUAGACCUAACAAAAAUGUCUGUUUUAAUUGAAACAACAAUUGGUGAUUUGGUAUUUGAUCUUUACACUGACAAAAGACCACGAUCUUGUCUAAACUUCCUGAAGUUGUGUAAAAUCAAGUACUACAACUUUUGUUUGUUCCACUCAAUAAGACGUAAUUUUAUUGCUCAAAGUGGAGACCCUACGGGUUCUGGCAGAGGUGGUGAAUCUGUUUUUUCACAUGUUUAUGGUGAUCAAGCUAAAUACUUUGAUUUGGAAUUGAAACCUCGCAUCAAGCAUCGCACAAAGGGAACAAUUUCUUUUGUCAACAAUGGCAAUGACAUGCAUGGGUCACAGUUUUUUAUUACACUGGGAGAAGGUCUAGACUUUUUGGAUGGAAAGCAUACAGUCUUUGGUCAAUUGGCAGAAGGAUUUGAUACCCUGGAGAAAUUAAACGAGACGAUAUGCGAUGAUGCUCAUAAACCAUACCAAGAUGUCAGAAUUAGUCAUACUAUCAUACUGGAUGACCCAUUUGAUGAUCCCAAGGGACUGAGCAUUCCCGACAGAUCACCUGAACCAACAAAAGAACAGCUCGAAAGCGGGCGUAUUGGAGCUGACGAAGAUGUAGAUGACAAAGGAAGAUCAAAAGACGAAAUACAGAAAGAGUUAGAAGACAAAGAACUUAAGAUCGGAACAAAAAUUUUAGAAACUGUUGGCGAUAUAGAUGAUGCUGAUUUGAAACCACCAGAAAACGUACUUUUUGUUUGCAAACUUAAUCCUGUCACAAAUGCAGAAGACCUGAAAAUUAUAUUUUCACGUUUUGGAAAAAUACUGAGUUGUGAAAUCAUAACAGACCACAAAACAGAGGAAUCUUUAUGUUAUGGCUUUGUUGAGUUUGAAGAAGUUGAGGCUUGUGAGAAGGCAUAUUUUAAAAUGGACAACGUCUUAAUAGACGAUCGAAGAAUUCAUGUUGAUUUUUGUCAAUCUGUGGCUAAAAUAAAAAAAUGGCACAAAAGUAGUUUAUAUCAAAAAGCUGUCGAUGAACAAAAAGUAAAACGUAACGAAUAUACAUUUAAAGAUAAGUCAAGAAAAGAAACUGAAAAAUAUUCCAUGGUGUUUGCAGACGAAGUUUCACCUUCGAAGAAGAACAAGAAAGAAACUAAAAUUUUCAAAAAGAAAAGAUAUAGUGUAAGUGAAAGUGAAGACGAACGCGACAGGAGAGAAAAAUCGAAAAAAAAGUUGCCGCCGCGAAAGAAGCGUACCUAUUCAUCAUCAAGUGAAGAUGAUACAAGAGUAGCGAAAGAUAAAAAUGCAAAGCGUAAAUCUAAUUACGGCAAAGAAACAGACGAUCGUAAACAACGUAACAAAACACACAAGCCCAUUGAAAGUGGCCUUUCUUCGGAUGGCGAUGAUAGCGAGAAAUACGUCAAACGAAAAACAAAAACUUUAGAUGAUAGAGGGAGUGCAAAAAAGAUGUCUUCAAGAAAGGAUAAAGUAAAAAGCAAAUAUAGUGAUUCUGAUAGCGACUAUGAAAAACUUUCGACGAGUAAAAAAGAAAAGAAGAAAGCUCCUUCGAAAUACUCUGAUUCGGAAUCGGACAACCCUCGUAACAUCGCCAAAUCGAAAAAAGAACUUAAACGAAGGGACUAUAGUUCGUCUGAUGAAGAUAUUCGACGAAGGGAGAAGUCUAAGUCGCGAAAAUCGACAGACUCAAAACGAAAUAAAUCGUACGAUGAUUCUGAUGCAGAAGAGUAUGCAGAUUCUAAAUCAAGAAAGAAGCGAAAUUAUAGUUCGGACAGGUCGUUAGAUAACCAGCAGCGGCUGUCCAAAAAAAGAAGUCAUCAGUCAAAACACCGACAUUCGAGUAGCGAAGACGAUAGUAGAAGACGCAGUUCUUUGAAAAAGUCAGCGAAAAAAAAUCGCCGACGAAGUUAUAGUGACAGUGAUUAAAUUAUAGCUGGAGAAAUAUUAUAGAAGUAUUUUUGUAUUUCUCAACUUUUAUCAACGCAUUUUUAAACUACAAA